AUGAGGACACUCCAUUGGAACUGUCGAGGGUUAGGUUCAGACUCGACGGUUCGACGUCUAAAGGAGAUAAACAGGACUUAUCUCCCGGACAUCAUCUACCUUUCAGAGACAAAGCAGCAUGACGAUUAUAUUAGAGAUGUUGGCGGCCAGUUAGGCUUUGUUAAGAAUGUAAUCGUUUCACCAGUAGGACUUAGUGGAAGAUUAGUUAUUUUCUGGAAGAAUGAAGUAGAAGUAUCUGUUUUUUAUCAAUCCCCUAACCUUGUAGACUGUUCAGUCAAGUGCAAUGGAAUCAGCUUUAUCUGUUCAUUUGUUUACGGGCAUCCUGAAACUAGUCAAAGAAACCAUUUAUGGGAGAUAUUAGAAAGAAUUGGGACAAACAGACGAGGGCAACCAUGGUUUAUUCUAGGUGAUUUCAAUGAGUUUUUUGGAAACCAUGAGAAGAAAGGGGGUCCUGUUUGUUCAGAUGCAUCCUUCAGAGACUUUCGAAGAAUGGCAAUGAGCUGUGAAUUUACGGAGUUAAAGGUUGCGGGUGACAAGUUCUCUUGGGCUGGUCAAAGAGGACAACACUAUGUUACUUGUUGUUUAGAUAAAUCAAUGGCAACAAGUGAAUGGCACAAUAUUUUCCCUGCAUCUGCAACAGAAUACUUGGAGUUCACUGAGUCUGAUCAUCAACCUCUCAUAACUUUUAUGUCUAAGGAUCAAGAGAUCAGGAGAGGAAGAUUCACUUUUGAUGGUCGUUGCUAUGAUAAAGAUGGUUUUCAGGACUCAGUUUUACAAGAAAAGAAUCUGACACAGACAAGGACAAAUACAAACACAAGUAUGGUUGAAAGAAUACACAACUGCAGGAAGUACAUCUCAAAGUGGAAAAAGACCAAACGCCUAAACGCUGCAGAGAAAAUAGCUACCAUUCGUCAUAAACUGGAUCGAGGAAUUGCAUCUGGCUCCUUAUCCAACGAUGAAAGAAGAUCCCUUAGUAAUGCACUCAACAAAGCGUACAUUGAAGAGGAGCUAUUCUGGAAACAAAAAAGCAGGAUCUCUUGGUUACAAUCCGGUGACCGGAACACUAAAUAUUUUCACUCUGACACUAAAGCAAAGCGAAGUCGUAAUAGACUAAAUUCUAUUAUGAAUGAAGAAGGGGUGAUCAAGAGAGGAUCUGCGGAGGUUCAAGAAGUAGAUAUCCAGUAUUUUCAAAAUCUAUAUACUUCAACUCCAGUGGCACAGGGAUUAUAUGAGGAGGCUUUCCGAGAUUUUCACCAAACAGUAACCCCUGAAACAAAAGAAGACUUAACGAGAUCUGUUACCCUUGAGGAAAUUCAGAAAGCGGUAUUUGAUAUUGGUCCACAUCGGGAACCAGGCCCUAAUGGUCUCUCUGGAGAUUUCUAUGAGAAGUUCUGGUCUGAAAUCAACCCUGCAAUACUUUCUGAAGUUCAAGCUUUUUUCAAAUCUGGUCAGUUGGAGCAAAGCCACAACCAUACCAACAUUUGCUUGAUACCAAAAGUGACGCCUCCUAUAACAAUGAAAGACUUCAGACCUAUAGCCCUGUGGAAGAUGACAUUCAAUCAUAGCAGCGAUUCAUCCAGGUCAAGCAUUAGCUCUAGGGGUCGUCGCUAUGGUCUUCACGGCAUUCCCACAAAGGGCUUUUGCGGUGGUUCUACAGUUCUUGUUACCUCUCACACAAUCACAAAUCCGGGGAGGCGCUUCUAUACAUGUUCUAACAACUCUGAUGGAGGAGUUCAUGUGUGGAAGUGGUGGGAUGAAGCACUCACUGAGGAGCUGAUGGAAGUGAAGGGAGAUUUGAAGACUCUUGAGGCUAGGAUUCGCUAUGGACAUUACCACUCUGAGUGUUCUAAACUUGGAGAAGAUGAAUUGAAGAUGGUGAAGGAGUUGCUUGAUGUGAAGAAAAAGUAA